CAAAUUCUUGGAAGUCCAACCUUGUCCCACCACGGCCAACACCACGUCCCAACCACCUCGUCUGGACAUUCACUUCGCAGCUCAUUUGUCAAGCAAGGGACCGGCACGAUGGCGUCCGCAGUGCCCAUUGACAUCUACGCUGCGCCCACAACUCAAAUCUUUGCAGCCAUUGGCCUGAUCUGGCUGACUCUGAAGAUCUUCUCCUUCUGGCGACUGAUUGCUUCGCUAUUGAUCCUGCCAGGCACCUCUCUCUCCAAGUUCGGCAAGAAAGGCACAUGGGCAGUCGUGACCGGUGCUUCCGACGGCAUUGGCAAAGAAUAUGCCCUCCAACUCGCAAGCAAAGGCUUCAACAUCCUCCUUGUCUCGCGAACGCAAUCGAAACUCGAAACCCUUGCCACCGAGAUCCAACAGAAAUGCAAAGUCCAGACCAAGCUCUACGCGAUGGACUUCGCCGCGAACAAAGACGCCGACUUCGAGAACCUGAAGACACUGAUUGCUGAGCUGGACGUAUCGAUUCUGAUCAACAAUGUGGGACAAAGUCAUAGCAUCCCAGUGCCGUUCAUCGAGACACAAGAGAAGGAGAUGAAGGACAUCAUCACAAUCAACUGCUUUGGCACCCUUCGUGUCACGCAGAUAGUCGCACCAGGCAUGGUACAACGAAAGCGCGGUCUCAUCUUGACCAUGGCUUCCUUCGGCGGAAUCAUGCCUUCUCCAUUGCUCGCAACCUACAGCGGAAGCAAAGCCUUCUUGCAACAAUGGUCGACAGCUCUCAGCUCUGAGCUUGCCUCCUCGAACGUGCAGGUCCAGCUCGUGCAGUCUUACCUGGUCACUUCUGCCAUGAGCAAGAUUAGGCGUUCUUCAGCUCUGAUUCCAAACCCCAAGCAAUUUGUUCGUGCUGCUUUGGGCAAGAUUGGCAGGUCUGGAGGUGCACAGGGAAUCGCGGCGACCAGCACACCCUACUGGUCCCACGGAAUCAUGCACUGGGGAAUCGCGACUUUCGCUGGAACGAUGAGUGGACUCGUGCUGGGUAUCAAUAAGAAGAUGCAUGUCGACAUCCGGAGACGGGCACUGAAGAAGGCGGAGCGUGAUGCAAAGAAAGCUUAGCCGGCUCGUGUAGCCCAUGAAGUAGCAUAAUUGACUCAUGGCAACCCGAAAAGAACUUGAAUUUCUAUAUUGGAAUCAGCCGACCUGUCCUGUACAGUCCGUCACAUGCAUUCGGGGAUCGGAAAGCAGGGCCUCUGACUCUAUGUUUCCACUCUCAAGAAUCUGAACUGGCCGCCUUUGGACACAAUGAGCUGUCUGAUUGGCAGUGAACCAUGC